GGUCGUAGCCCAAAUCUGAAGCAGCAGCCAUGUCCACCGGCACCGCCACGCCGGGCCUGGUCCUCACCGCGACCGAUCCCAUCCGCUCCUUCCUCUCCUCCGCCGCCGCCUCCCCCGACCUAGCCGCGGACCUCCGGGACCUCGCCUCCGCCCUCUCCUCGGCGCCGUCCGUCCCCUACCGCUCCAUCCGCGCCAUCUGGUGCGCCGACUCCUCCCCUGGCCGCCCGCCUCUCAGACAGCUCCUGCAGGGCGCCCAGUUCGUGCUGUCCAGCCCCAAGCCCCGCGAGAAGAGCGAUGAGCUCAAGGCGAGGCUGGAGAAGCUCCGGGAGAUGCAGGAGAGGAGGGAGUACGCGGAGCUCGUCAAGGACGUCGCGCCCAAGGAGGACAACACCGAACCUUUCUCCUCCUACAAGGAUCAGCUUGGAUUCGGUCUACAUGUUGUGGUUAUAAUGUUCACUGGUUAUUUGGUCGGAAUGGCAGCUUUCAGAGCUCUCUUCAGCAACAGUCCUGUAAUGAAUGCGGCUGGAGGCAUCUUAGGAGUGGUGGGUGGCAUGCUGAUGGAAACAGUUCUUUUCAUCAUCAGAUCAUCCAGUAAAGAGUUGUCUCCGGUUCCAAGAUCAUCCAGUAAAGACUUGUCGUCUCCUGUUCCAAGAUCUAAGAAACUUCAGUAGACACUGUGAUGCGUUUUGAUCUUUCAUGUGCGGUGAGGAUGAUGUUGGGAUCUUUGUGCUACGAAGUAUAGCAUGUGAAGUUUUGGAUCAUUCAGAUGUAUGUAAUUUAUUCAAGGUAAAAUACAUUUCAUCUUGUUCAAUCAAGAGUACUAAAUGGGAGAUUCUAUUUGCAAAGCUUGUAGUUACUUACGAUGGUUAAUGUCUUCAUGUUCAAUCAGCCUA